AGUUCAAUAUGGCUGGCGAUAGUGGAGGUUGUUUGUUUCCUAAAUUCAUCUUUUUAUUUUACAUUUUUAGGACUGUAACAUCAUGCCUGAAGAAAAUUGUGUGACUGGACAUAACAUUAGUGGACGAAGAUGUCGGGGUCGAGUAAAAAGGCAGGGAGAAGGAUGAGUUCGCAUAAGAAUUCAAAUAAAGAUCUUGGAGAUGUAACUUUGAAUGAUUAUGCAAACUCAUCCAUCUCCAAGGGGAAGGGACGACUGAAGAAGGCUGCAUCUAACAGUGUAGUUCGUGAAGUAAAACAACUAACUACUGAAACAGAUAACAGGGCUUGGUAUGAGAAAUUAGAAGAUUAUGAAGGAGAUUUUGAAUUUGUUGAGGAGGAUGGCGAGGAUGAUGAAAGAGCUGUGAUUGUGAAGAGGAAUCCACGCCGUCGUAAGAAGACUGCAAGUGAAGGUGAUGGUGAUGGUGGUGGAGUGGAGUAUCCUCUAGACAUUUGGUUCCUUAUAUCUGAACACAUUCUUCCUGAGGAUGUGUCAGUAUUUGCUCGCAUAUGCAAGAGUGCUUUACAUGUUGUCACUACAGCAAAAUUUUGGUUUUAUAUGUACAAAAGGCAUUACAAGACAGUCCCAAAUUUGCCAGAACGUCUGCAGCCAGAAUGUAUGAUGCGUUUAUAUGGACUACGUGCGCGUGUGAUCCGAGCUCUACAUUACACGUACCCUCCCUUUGUGAAUAAAGUGAAGGCUGUCACGACAUUUGAAUGCGAACCACACAGCUUGACCAAGAGACAGUGUAUCCUUAUGUGGCACCAGAGAUGCAAGAGCAAGUGGCUAUUUUACUUCAAGUUGAAACAGAAUACUCUAGUUUUGGGACAAGGAACAAGAGGAAAGAAUCGAAAGCCUGAUCUACUUGAAAUGUUGGAAGAUGUUUCAGCUAAUCAGGACGAAGGCUGCAAAGUUUUACAGGUGACAUGCUUGAACUAUGUUGCAAUACCGAUGGUGCUGGGCCUCUCACUGUGCUCUGUGUCACUGACCGUGUCACAGGGAAUGCGAUAUCACAGGCUACAGCUCGCCUUUGGAUCAGGCCACAUGUGCUACACAGCUGGCAAACCUAAUAUUACAUCAUUGGACAGUAAUACCGUUGUGUUGGACCCUGUGGUUAAUGUACGAGUCCUUGAUUGGUGGCAUCCUAUGUAUCCCCAUGCUGUUGGCACCACCUUUAGUUCAAGGGAUGGGGAUUAGACAUGGAGGUAUUAGUUCACAACCAAUUAUCCAUGUUUAAUCCUCCCUACUAAUUCACGUGAGACAGCAAACACCUGAAAUUAGUGAUGUUAGUAUUGAUAUUUUCACCAGUUGCAACAGAGGAAACAUGGGUAUUGUGCUGCAGUUGAUUUAAAUAUUACCUGUUUCAUCACGGUUUUUCAGUGUUAUUGACAUACAUAUAUAAUGUGCAGUCCAGUGAGUUGUAGAAAGAAAGAUUUGUUACUUUUCAUUGUGCCUAAGAUGGAUUUUUCUCUUACGCUUGAUUUCUAAUAAACAAAAUUAAGUAUUAGAAGGUAAAUUUAAUGUUAAACUGUUUCUGUUUGCAUUAUGUUCUGACAGCCAUUUGUGUAACAGUUGUUUCUAAAUAUCUGUAUUUUGAGUUUAAUAAUGUAAUAGCUGCACAACUGGCAGCUUCUCAAGAAGGGCUAAGCUCUAUGAAGUUAGUUUAAUGUAACUGAUAUUGAAAGUAGAAACGUUUCGGUUUUGGGGGUCAGUACAUUUAAGAAACAGAUCAAGUUUUUCUGCUGUCAGUGUGCAACACAUGAGUAUUUCUAUAUUUAUAGGAUAAUUAGACUGUUUGUUGGGAACUUGGCAUUUUUUAGUGUGCAUUUUGAAGUGAAGAGGAGAAGCAGUAAUUUUGGCAGGUUGUAACGUACAUCUUUAUUAUGCAUGGAUCUUUACUUAUUUUCUCUUUGUCCAUGUAAUAAAGGAGCUGAUGUUAUGCUGAAUCAGAGUUGGAUUAUAAAGAAUAAAAUAUAUAUAUAUUUUCAGAAACUAAUCAACAUAUUGCUGUUAGAAAACGAAAAAUAAGGAAGAUACUGCAGUUGGUUUCAUGAACAGCAGUUUCUAGUAUUUUAUGAAUUAACUUGGAACUUGUAAAGAGGCAGACCACUGUACUAAAUGUCAAUAAAUUGUACAUUUCAGAUGUACAUGAACUGAGUAACCAAUCACUGCUGCAGCAACACUUAUCUACAGGCAUUUUUAUUUCUCUAUAAAUGUACCUUCAUCCUUUCCAGUAUUAACCUUACUGAGACCUUUUCUGCACUUUACAAAAUGGAAUCCUUCCACCAUUUCUGUGAUCUUCCUAACCAUUUUCUUUCUUUUGGGGUUUGUAUUUAUAAAUAUUUCUUUUGGAAUCCUGUCAGUAUGUUGUUGACCAACUACACAUUUAGUAGUUCAUUGUUCAUGAUAAAUGUUUCAACAAACUGACUGUUCAUUUUAGAAUGAAAUUUUAGACAUUUGAUAGGGAUCGUUGGAUGGAGGGCCAGCUUAUCGCAAAUCCUGUCCAUACAGGACAACAUGAAAAAUGCAUAUAUAUGUACAUACCCCAAAUUGGAUUUGAGAUCAUCAUGAUAUUCAAGUUUUUCAAGCCUGUAUGCUGCUUAGAUCACAUGGUUGCUGUGGUCACCAUAAAACUAUUGUAUUUACAAUGUAUAAAGUUUUAUGCAGAUAUCUUUUAACUGUGAUUCAGUAUGACUUAUUGAUAUGUUAAAACCAAACUGGAUGUUGGGGUAUCAUUUUAAGGUAAGAGGAGGACUUGCGUCACCAAAUAAGAAUCCAUUGUUUAGACAGGAUACUACUGCAUCUCAAGAAGUUUGUAUGUGAGCAGGAAACCUAAUUUUGUUUUCCCACGUGUUUUCUUCGGAACCAGUUUCCAUUUAUAUUAUUCUUACUCUUCACUGCUAGGGUAACAACCUUGUUCUCCCCCGACUAUAAGCAGCUCUGUCCUUUACAUAGCAUACAUAGGAUUUUCUCCUUUAUUUGCAAUAUCGCUGCGACGUCCAAAGUAAUUUGCAAUAUAAAUUUUAUCCUGUUUCUUCCUGGAGAAGAGUGAACAUUGUAGGAGAAACCUGCAGUUGGUCAACAAAUAGCAGAAAUAUACACUUACACUGACGCAACGGGCUUUGAAUGCUGAUGCACCUGAAGUUUAUAGCUUUGAGAAUGACUGUUCAUAUUGCUGUUGAUAUUAAUCAGUUAUUACAAGGCUGUGCCAAGUAUAAAUUUUCACACAUUGACUGUGUUGUUUAUAAUUAUUUGAGUAGUAGCUAAAGUAAUUGUUGUUUGCCCUUUCACAGAUAUUCAAGAAAAGUUACCAUGUCAGAAUGGGAAAUAUAAAAUUGCUAAUUUCUUAUAACUGACUCUCAUAAAACCUCUUCGUUUAAACUGUCAAUUUUAUGUACAAAAACAGGUAACUUUGAACGUCUUAACUGACUAGUGGACUUCAAGAAGGAAACGCUUGCUUAUCAUCAGAUUGAUAUUCAAAAGAUGGAUUGAUAUCACACAUCUUUGAUGCUGUUUACCACCAUGCCAUUACAUGAUGUUAAGUCUUUUAAAUUACGUUAUGCAUUAAAUGAUAUAUAGUUAUCAGGCAGCAAAAUGGUGGUGGACAUAGAUUUUUGUAUACAUUAUGCUUUACAUGGUAUCUGGUGAUCAACCAGACAGAGUUCAAAAUUUGAUGAUAAUGUAACACUGAAUAAUACAGCAUUAUGGUUGUGAAGCCUCUUACAGAGCUGUUUCCAAAGCAGAACCUUCAUAAGAUGACUCACCUUAAUACUGAUUUACUUCCAUUUUGUUAAAAUUUAUGACAAGUGAACUGUUCUUACAGACAAGAGCAUUGAUGGUGUUUGUGUUGGCUACUGACUCCUCUAACUUUCCCUUACAAGUCAGGAUGCUGGCUAUUGCAGUGUAGUUCUGUGCUUCAGGUUUAGUUAUAUAUCUGUAAAAUUUGUUCAUCUUCAGGUACUAAAGAAUUAAAACAUUACAAUCCCUACAGAACAUUAGGAAAUGUUAUUUACAAAUGUAUUAAUACAGCACUGGACUUUACAAAGCUCUUAACACUUAUGUUCCUGUCAAACCAGUGAAAGUAGAUCAUAUUUAUUAUUCUUGCUGGUCUUAAUUUAAUGUCAUUUUCUGUGCUCUUUCAUCAUGCUCUUGUCAAUUUGGAACUUCAGUGUAAAUAUUAUGUUUAUUAGUCUUGAUUCAGUGAUUUAUCGUGUCUAAAUUUUAAUUGAUAAUUAUAUAGUAAUCUAAAAGACACAGUUCUGAAUAUUUAAUUAUGAGUGUCACUGCUUUGCUUGAUGAAACAUGGAUAUGUGAUUACAAUCUUGUAUAUGUAUCUAUAAAAUAUUACAUAUUAUUUCCACUGUUGCAUUUAAUGUUACAUCAUGAUUUACUUUGAUGGGAUUACUUAGAUUUGUGUAAAAUUGUGUUACCAGUUUUCCUUUAUAGAUACUGUGAUUGUAAACAUUAUUUUUAAAUAGAUAAAUAGUUUUGUCCUUAUGUAAGUAAUAACACUUUCUCCCACCUCCUUUUUUAGUUGGUGAAAUUCACAAUGGAUGUGAAGUCUGUGAUGCUGUCACAUAUACAAGAUUAUCUGAGAGCUUGCCAUAAAUUGCUUGGCUUCUAAGGAAGAGCCACACAAUACUCAUGACAGCUUGACCCACAUUCAUUCAGACUUUGGUGUAUCUGACAAACCAGUUAGCUUGUGCAGAUUAAUGUACCAUGAAGCUUAUAUGUUGUAUGCUGAUUGACCAGAAUUUGGGCCCCUGCUGCUCUAUUAAACAUACAGUCAAGUUACAUUUCUGUGAGUGUAAAUUUCAAUUUCAAAAUAAACUGUUCAUACAAUCACAAAUAAAUUAAAGACAGACAGUCAUUGCAAGACAAGGCGAGAACUGCAACAAAACAUUGAGUAAUUAGCAGUUUGUGGUCAGUAUGCUUCCACAGUCUCAACCCAUGUGGCUCUUAUUUAUGAAGAACCAUACAGCUAAACAUUUAAUCAAGCCCUAACACAUUCGAAGAGCUGGCAGAAAAUAUUUUAAGGGAAGUUUACUCUUUGUCC